AUGGCGGACGCGGACUGGAAGCGGCGAGUCGGAAUUGAUAUCAACUUCAGCUCGGACGAGGACAACGAUGGCAGCGACGCAGAAAAAGUCAGCAACAACAACGAGACCACCGCGCUACAGUUUCGUGACGACGAUUUUACGGACUCUACCGAAUCGCAGGAGCUGGAAGAAACCCUUCGCGCAUCGUCCAUCGACGAGGUGCUCAAUCAGUGGGCCGACCAGUAUGGGAGUACCCCACCUCGGACACGCAUAAAGAACAAAUACCGGAGCAGCAAGCAAAGGAUGGAAGGAACGGUUAAGAUGCGUACGGGAGGGCGAUUGGCGCGACCACGCGCUGAUCGCAGAAAUACCGUCGACUGUGCGAUACUGAAUCAGAUGAUAAUGGAACCAGCUACCGGCGAGGAUAAGGUACGCAGCGACAAACGUUCUACGCAGCUGCUCCGGGAUUCGGAGCGUGACAUGAAAAUGUCUGCCGCCGCAACCAUUCUGCCGAUGCGCACGUCCGGGAACUAUGGUGCCGCCUCGCAGUACGCACCUUCUGUUAUCAACUCCCAGUUAACUACACCAGCGGCAGCGACGAUGUAUAUGAAGGAAGAGCGUGCCGACAGUAUGCCGUUGUCGGGCGUAACUGGCGGCGUCCAGGCGCCACCGACGCUGAUCGAAUCGUGCAACCGGUUCAUGAGUGUCGCAUCCCGCCCGGUUGGAUGCCGUAUAUCUGCUCCGCCGGCCGCUGCGUACCGCGAUAUCAUCUUCGCUAGUCAGCAAGCUACGGUGUGCGGGGCUGCCGUGUCAUUUGCCACGGCUGCUGGUACACGGACCGUUGAUGCGAUUCCCCAGAAUCGGAUACAAUUUCACGAAACGUUUUCGGAUCUGAUUAAGCUGGGCAGCGUCGAUAAGGAGCGAGCGGCUCGCUCGGGCAUCCCAUCCAACGAGGAACGCCUCUGGCAGACGCAAGUGAAUGAUCUGAUCUGGCUCGAGCUGCAGGCUUGGCAUGCGGAUCGCUCGAUCGAGCAGCAGGAUCGGCUUCUGUGUCAGGCGCGCCAGGAAAUCGGCGAACUGUUGGAUGAGAUUAUGAACUUUCGCUUUCAACGUAAGCUAUCACGGAGGACUAGCGAAAUCAGCAUGGUCACCGAUAGUGGUUUUGGUUCGUCUGGCGCUACGACUGCAUCUUCCGCUGGCAACGUGAAUUCUGAUGUAUUUUGCUUCGGAUGCCUUUCGAUGUACUGCAAAGAUUGCCUCGACAUGCAGACGGCCGCCUUGCGUCAGGUGGAGGACCUACUAAUGCGCCUUGAAUCGAAAGAGUGCCUUUUCCCGUCGUCCCGUGCGAUGGGCCUCGCGUUCCCGGUGUACCAGAGUGAGCGGUUCGUCAAUCGCGUAAAGGCAAUGUGUUUGUGGUACAACAUGACCCGACAGCAUCGUAUGACGCUGCUCAUCCUCGGCAAGCUGUUGGCACGGCUGCAGGGCCCGUUGAGGAAGGAAUCUUCCAUCAAGUGGCCAAUUAUGGAGCAGAACCCAGAAAGUUCGUCGUCCUCAUCGGUACACGAGGAAGGUUCCAAUGGUGGUUCGUCUGGUUUGGAGUCGGCGAGCAACUCGUCGAAGCGAGUGCAGUUUAUGGACAACGGGUGUAGCAGUGGUGGUGAUGGUAGUGCAACGGAAAGUGUCAACAGUGACGAAACCGACUUCUCCGAUCUAUCCUACAAACGGCAUGCAUCGUUUCCCGGUGAUACGGAGUACGGUCGGUACAUGAACAGCUUCAACUUCUACAAUGUCCAAACACUGACGGAAAUGGCUUCACAGUCGCAAAACAUGGGAAACGCUUUAUACCGAAAAUACAUUGAAAACGUACUAAAGACUCGCGGACUGGGCAAAUCGUUAACUUUUCUUCAUCGGCUGCAUAAUGUGGUGUUACGGAAGGCACAGUUAACACUGGAAAACCCGGCAAAGUUGCAAGAAGAUGAUAGUUUGUUCGACGAAGCGGACGUACCAUGUAUCGAGCCUCCUCUAGAGCGCGAACAAGAACUUGAACUUCGACGCUACGGGGCGUGGAGCACCGAAGCAAAGGAGCUCAAUCUUCCGUCGUACGUGUCUGCGUUCCUUUUUCUCUCGCUAAUUCCGCUAGAGGUGAUACACGAGUUUCUAAAGAUGCGCCUGGAGACGAGUCCCAAGCAACCGAACCCGCUAAGUCUCGAGCAACACAUCAAGGAGCUGAAGGAGGGUCUGACACUGGCGAUGAUACACCGGGAGCGCUUUCAGAAGCACGUCAACACGGCACUGUACGAUCGGGAGCAGGAACUGGACAAGUAUAUGCACGAAAUGGAACUGUUUGAUGGGACGGUGAGAAAAAUUUUCGAACUCUAUCUCGACAUGGCCGAACAGUGGAUCUUGUACACGGUGCCCGAGAGUCACCAGAAGGCAGCCCUAGAUGAGGAGUGGCGCUUCACGAAGCUUAUCUGUCCGAUGAUUCCUCGUCAGCAUGGCCCAGCGGCCAAGCGUUACUGCAGCAUCGUGGAACGCAUUCUCGAGCGUACCGGCAGCGAAAUGAUGCGCCAGUUGAAGGAACUGAUAGAGCGCAGUCAGCGUAUCGAGAUAUCGACGGUCGAUAAGAAGUGGCAAUUCUUCGCCAUCUGCCGCGAAACGCAGCAAAUGUUUACGUGUUCUCGCGAGAAAACGCUCAAAACGAUGGCCUUUGCAAAGACACUGUUUCGUGAGCUCGAGCACGCGGACUUUCAUCGCGAUCACUGCGAGGACGAUUGCGAUGGCGAAAGCGGUGUUGGUGGUGGUUCGAACGGCGAGGAUGAGCUGGACGGGGUAGUGCUACGUGGACGGUCUAGAUGUCCACUGUCGUUGGUGGUGAUCAGCAACAGUCCAGUGUGUUCCGAGGUGGCGGAAAGUUUACAAAUCUUAAAACGGAAUGCGCUACUGCUGCGCAACAAGUUGUCGGCCGUGAUCGAAGAACUUCAGUUGCUUUGCUCACACACGAACAUGGAGGAAUUCGACGAGACCGAUCGGGUAGGGGCUUUGACGCGUGUACGAGAGAUUCUUCACCAGGGUUACAAAUUUGGGUUUGAGUACCACAAAGACGUGGCACGCUUGUACGAGACGAAGCUGGAUAAUUGCCGGGACACCGAAUCCGAGCUGAUGCUCGCGAAGGCAAUCAUCCAGUUCGCGAAGCUGUGGAUGAACUUUGUGAUGGAAUGGUGCGAACGAGGGCGCGGCCUGCGACCGCGGUGGGCCAAUCAGGGGCUAGAGUUCCUGAUUGCAGCUUGCGAUCCACUUUGUACCAGCCACCUAACGAAUGAGGAGUUCAAUGAUUUGAAACUCAAGAUGGAUGCCUGUAUUUCGCACGUAAUCGGCAACGUACGGGAACCGGAACGCAUUCGCAAAUCGCCACGAUCGCGUAAAUCAUCACCUUCCCCAACGGUCGCCACAACCGGGCGUGCUUCGAUUCCCACGAUCAACCUCCCGUCGAAAACGUUCCACAACCAGAUGAGCCUGCGUGAGGAUGGUGUCACACUGCGUUCGAACAGUCCUAUUGAUCCCACCGAUGUGAUGUUCCGUAAGCAAACGUCCUAUGACAGUGGCAACGAUGUGAAGCUUCGUGUGCCAAGUUCUGCUUCGGCAUCGGCAUCUCCGACGGCAUCGUUGGGUGGUGAAAGUUGCGUGCACGGAACACGUCCACUGCGGCAGCUACGGAUACGCGAUGCAGUCAAUCAGCUAGACUGCGAGCUGGACGAUUGGUUGCGGGAACGCAACCUUAUCGGCAACGUGAAGGAGAUGAACUACCACAGCAAAACGUUGAACCGUGCCAGAAGCGUCAAUUUUAGUUGGCAUCGUGGCAUCAAGAUUGGUCAGGGGCGGUUUGGCAAGGUGUACACUGCGGUCAACAAUUCGACCGGUGAGCUUAUGGCGAUGAAGGAGAUCGCUAUCCAACCGGGUGAAACGGCCGCCAUCCGGAAGGUGGCGGAAGAGUUAAAAAUUUUCGAAGGCAUCAACCACAAGCACCUGGUUAAGUAUUACGGUGUGGAAGUGCAUCGGGAAGAGUUGUUGAUCUUCAUGGAACUAUGUCCGGAGGGUACACUGGAGAGUUUGGUCGAAUUGAACGGAGGGCUCCCGGAACCGCAAGCUCGGCGCUACACCCAUCAACUAUUGUCAGCUGUGGCCGAGCUGCAUCGUAACGGGGUUGUACACCGUGACAUCAAGACAGCCAACAUAUUCCUGCAUAAAGACGGAAACUGCCUGAAGCUGGGCGAUUUUGGAUCAGCCGUUCAGAUACAGGCCCAUACCACGAUGGUUGGUGAGCUGAAAGGAUACGUUGGAACGCAGGCCUACAUGGCACCGGAAGUGUUUACCAGAACCAACACCGAGGGUCAUGGGCGUGCGGCCGACAUCUGGUCCGUCGGAUGUGUCGUGAUAGAAAUGUGCUCAGGAAAACGGCCUUGGCAUCAGUUUGAUUCAAACUUUCAGAUUAUGUUCAAGGUGGGUAUGGGUGAAUCGCCAGAGAUUCCCUCGAACCUUUCAGAAGAAGGCAUGGAUUUCGUCAACAUUUGCCUGCAGCAUGACCCGAAGGAUAGGCAAAAGGCCGACGAAUUGUUGCAGCAGAGUUUCUGCAAGAUCACCUACGUUGACACGGAUGCCAUUAACAAAAAGUUGCUUGGGACAUUCCGUCGAAAUCUUAGGUCUACUUCCUCCUCCGACACUAAAAUGUAGAAGGGCCAGAGGACACCCACGUUAUACAAACUCCCCACCAGGGCGAUUCGACUAGGAUUAAAUGGCCAGUGCUUAAUGUUUACAAGAUGGACAGUGUUUAGAGAAUAAUGUAUUUUACCAGACGAUAAAGGCACAUUGAAGGUAUGCGCCAAGCGUGAUUAUUAUUAACGUUCCCACAGCAUCGAUACCUCUCCACCAUCGAGUCCACAAGUAGCUGUAGUAGUAACGCAUCUAUAAGGACGCCAUUAAUGAUGAGUGCAAAACAGCUUAUCGGUAAACGGGUUUCUUAAAGAAAAUCGAUUAUGCCCUGUACACUAAAUACUUACUGUAACACACCCGCACGCCUAGUGUACGUGCUCUUACCUCGUACUCGUAUUCGUUCUAUGUAUGACUGCAGCGACAAAUG